UAUAUUUUCUUCUUCUUGGAUGUGAAAAGUUGUAAUUGUCAUUUCAUUUUGCAUCUGUGUCUUCUUCUAAAUGGAAGCCAUUGGAAGGCAGUGAGACCGAGCAAUUCACAUCUGAGUUUCGCUCAUUCAAUCUCCACCAAUUCUCAAAUUUCUUCUUCCUCAAUUCAAUUCUUUCUAAAUCCAUUCUCCAACAUAAAUCAUCUGGAUGAGACGAAGUUCAUCUUCAGAGAUCGACGACAAUGCGAGUGCAAAUGCCGUUACCGGCACUCACUCCAUUCGUGAUCGUUUUCCUUUCAAACGUAAUUCCAGUCACUUUCGUUUACGAGUCAAGGACUCGUUGGAUCAUGCAGCUUCUCGUUCCCGAUCUCACCAAACCCGGAUCAAUCGCAAGGGCUUGCUCUCCUGGAUUCCGGCUAGAGGCCAAACGCUUUUUUACUUUCUUGUUGUUUUUGCGGUUUUCGGGUUUUUUACCGGCUCUAUGUUGUUGCAAAGCUCCAUUAGCUUGUUGUCUAGCCACGGAAGUCAAAGGGAGCGGUGGCUUAUGGAGCGUAUUAAGUUUGGGAGCUCCUUGAAGUUUGUGCCUGGCAGGAUUUCUAAGAGGCUGGUGGAAGGUGAUGGGCUUGAAGAGGUGCGGAAGAAGGACCGAGUUGGCGUUCGUGCACCGAGGCUUGCUCUUAUCUUGGGAAGCAUGGAGAAUGAUCCACAAUCAUUAAUGUUGAUUACUGUGAUGAAGAACAUACAGAAACUUGGAUAUGUGUUUGAGAUUUUUGCAGUAGAGAGGGGAAAUAAACAGUCAAUGUGGGAACAGAUAGGCCAGCCUUCAAUAUUGAGUCCAGGGCAUUAUGGUCGUGUUGAUUGGUCCAUAUAUGAUGGUAUUAUUGCUGAUUCCUUGGAAACAGAGGGGGCAAUUGCAAGCCUUAUGCAGGAACCUUUUUGUUCUUUACCACUCAUAUGGAUAGUUCGAGAAGAUACACUAGCCAGCCGCUUGCCUAUGUAUGAACAAAGGGGUUGGAAGCAUCUUAUUUCCCAUUGGAAGAGAUCUUUUAGAAGGGCUAAUGUUGUCGUGUUCCCUGAUUUUGCCCUCCCAAUGCUGUAUAGUAUUUUGGACAAUGGAAACUUCCACGUGAUUCCUGGAUCCCCAGCAGAUGUUUAUGCUGCAGAGGACUACAUGAAUGUUCACUCCAAGAGUCAAUUAAGAGAGAAAAAUGGAUUUAAUGAAGAUGAUAUACUGGUUCUCGUUGUUGGAAGUUUGUUCUUCCCAAAUGAACUGUCGUGGGACUAUGCUGUGGCUAUGCACAGCAUUGGACCUCUCCUUUCAAUAUAUGCGAGGAGGAGAGAAGUAGAAGGAUCGUUUAAAUUUGUUUUCUUAUGUUGUAAUUCAACUGAUGGGUCUCAUGAUGCUUUAAAGGAAAUUGCUUCGCGUCUGGGACUUCCUGAUGGAUCUAUAACGCAUUAUGGCUUAAAUGGAGAUGUCAACAAUGUACUGAUGAUGGCUGACAUUGUGCUUUAUGGAUCUUCACAAGAAAUUCAGAGUUUUCCUCCCCUACUUAUUCGAGCCAUGUCUUUUGGAAUCCCAAUUAUGGUGCCUGAUUUGCCAGCCUUGAAAAAUUAUAUCGUUGAUGGUGUCCAUGGGGUUAUCUUCCCAAAACAUAAUCCUGAUGCUUUAUUGAGCUCUUUCUCGCAAAUGAUAUCAGAUGGGAAGCUCUCGAGAUUUGCACAAUCAAUAGCCUCCUCUGGAAGAUUGCUUGCUAAGAAUAUACUUGCAUCAGAAUGUGUUACCGGCUAUGCACAGCUCCUGGAGAAUGUUUUGAAUUUCCCAUCUGAUGUUAAGCUUCCAGGUCCUGUCUCGCAGCUUCAAUUAGGUGCAUGGGAAUGGAAUUUGUUCAGAAAGGAAAUGGUGAAGACAAUUGACGAAAAUGCAGAUAAUGAAGAAAGAAUUGCAACAAUAAGUAAAGCUAGUGUUAUUUUUGCUCUUGAAGCACAAUUAACUAAUUCUGUUAAUUUAACAAUUUUGUCUGAGAAUGAAAAUGGGACUCUGGAGCAAGAUAUUCCAACUCCUCAAGACUGGGAUAUUUUGGAGAAAAUAGAAAGUGCUGAAGAGUAUGAAACUGUUGAAAUGGAAGAGUUUCAAGAAAGAAUGGAAAGAGAUCUAGGUGCAUGGGAUGAAAUAUAUCGAAAUGCUAGGAAAUCAGAAAAACUCAAGUUUGAAUCAAAUGAACGGGAUGAGGGUGAGCUUGAAAGAACAGGACAGACCGUAUCCAUAUAUGAGAUAUACAGUGGUGCUGGAGCUUGGCCAUUCAUGCACCAUGGUUCUUUGUACCGUGGACUAAGUCUUUCCACGAGAGCACUGAGGUUAAAAUCCGAUGAUGUGAAUGCUGUUGGCCGGCUUCCUCUUCUCGAUGACUCUUACUAUCUGGACGCUCUCUGUGAGAUAGGAGGAAUGUUUGCUAUUGCAAAUAAGAUUGAUAACAUUCACAAAAGACCUUGGAUUGGGUUCCAGUCAUGGCAAGCUUCUGGAAGAAAGGUUUCCUUGGGCAAAAAAGCUGAAAAUGUCUUGGAAGACACCAUACAGGACAACCCUAAAGGAGAUGUUAUAUACUUCUGGGCACACUUGCAAGUGAAUCGUGGAACCAUUCCUCCCACUUUCUGGUCGGUGUGUGAUAUCUUGAACGGUGGUCUCUGCAGAACCACCUUCAGGAGCACCUUUCGCGAGAUGUUUGGAUUGUCAUCAAAUAUGGGAGCUCUUCCACCUAUGCCAGAAGAUGGUGGUCACUGGUCUGCCCUCCAUAGUUGGGUGAUGCCAACCCCUUCCUUCCUGGAGUUCAUCAUGUUUUCCAGGAUGUUCACUCAUUACCUUGAUGCUCUGAAUAGAAAUCAAAGUCAGCCAAAUGGAUGUUUGUUAGCUUCCUCAGAGAUUGAGAAAAAACACUGUUACUGUCGGAUAUUGGAAAUGCUGGUCAAUGUCUGGGCUUACCACAGCGGUCGGAGAAUGGUUUACAUCAAUCCUCAUUCCGGUUUCCUCGAAGAGCAGCAUCCAGUUGAACAACGCAAGGAAUUUAUGUGGGCAAAAUAUUUCAACUUCACCUUAUUGAAGAGUAUGGAUGAAGAUUUAGCAGAAGCCGCUGACGACGAAGGUGGAUCAGGUAAAAUCGGGUUAUGGCCAUUAACAGGAGAAGUGCAUUGGCAAGGAAUUUAUGAAAGGGAGAGAGAAGAAAGGUACAGAGUGAAGAUGGACAAGAAGAGAACUACAAAGGUAAAACUAAUGGAGAGGAUGAAAUUCGGAUACAAGCAAAAAUCACUUGGAGGAUGAUGAGAAAUGGGUGAGGAAUUUCUGAAAAAGCACUCACUUUUGGGUAGAAGAAGAAGAGAUCGAAAGAAAGAAAGACUCCGGUUGGUGGUACGUAAAAGAAAUGGAGUUCUUUCUGAAUUAUAUACUCACUCUACAUGACAAUAUUUGUAGGCAACAGAACUGAGGAAAAGAGAAAGCUGAAAAAUUGCAGCUCGGUUUAUUAGAGGCAAAAUAUUACAAAAGAGAGAGGUACUAAAUAUUCUUUUUUAAUAUUCUUUCUUUUAUAUUCAACAUAUACUCAUAUAGCAACAAGAAUAUAGGCAUUUUUUUUUUCUUUCCUGUUCUGUUGUAUAACCAAAAUAGCAAUUAUUAAGGCAAUUUUGGUCACAUAUAACAAUAACAAUAAUAAUAAUAGAUUGGUGUUUCCACUUUCA